CAUUCAAGGGUCUAAAACCGAACCGAAAUAAAAUCGAAUCGAAACCGAACCGUUUUAAACCGAACCGGCUAAUGUUAAACCGAAUGGUUUAAUUUUUUCAAAACCGAAAAACCGAAAAAACCGAACCGAAAACCGAAAUGCCCACGGCCCACCCCUACUAGCAGCCACAUAACAACAUCCAAAAGCAGCUUUCAGACAAGAGAAAAAAAAGUGGGAGAGAGAGACGCAGAGAGGUCACUGAACCAAGCCCCGCUUGCCGCUGAGCCAAUUGGGCUCGUAGCCAUCUCUCUGUCACAAUGCCAAUCACCACCGUCGUCGUCACCACCGGACGGAGACUUGCCGGAGUGCUGGCCGAUCGCGAAAACCUGCUGUCGCCGGCCACAGCCAGAGCCUGGCGUUGCCGCUUCCUCCAUCGGCCCAAGCGCAAAGCGAUCGCGAGCCACCGCCUUCUGCCGCCGAGCAACGCCACCGUUUCCAUCGCUUAUCGUCGAAUCAAGGCGCGGCUGCACAAAAUCGCCGGAACAGAUCCGAAGAGGGGAAUCGAAGAGUAAUCUUUUUGAACACCCAAAAUUUGGAGCUAAAGAAAAUUAAGAAACGAAAAUAGAACGGAAAAUGUUCGGAAACAACAGCCAAUUCGACUCCUUCGCCGCUUUCUCUGGCGGCGGCUUUGUCCCAUCUCAGUCCACUCAAGGCCCAGACGCAUCCCUUUCCUCGGCCAAGAGUCGCGACCAGACGCCUCUGCUUCCACUAACAAUGAAGCAGAUAAGCCAAGCAGUUCAAUCGAGCAACGAUAAGUCUAGUUUCCUGAUUGAUGGCAUUGAUGUCAGCAAUGUGAGAGUGGUGGGGAUGGCAUUCAAGAAAGCUGAGAGGGUCACUGAUGUAUCGUUUGUGAUUGACGAUGGCACCGGUCGCAUCGAAUGCAAUAGAUGGCUGAAUGAUUCUGUUGACAACAAUGAAGUAGCAGGAGUAUUGGAUGGGAUGUAUGUUGUUGUUCAUGGGCACUUGAAAAGCUUUCAGGGUAAAAUGCAGAUAAUGAGCUUUGCUAUAAGGCCCGUGACUGACUAUAAUAUGAUUGCAAACCACUUUCUUGAGUGUAUUUAUGUCCAUCACUGCAAUGCCAAGCCAAAGAUACAAAGUAGCCUUUCUACCCAGAAUCCAACUGAAGGGCAGUCCCAGGUCAACACUCAAUCAAAUGGAUAUAAUUCUACCUCCACAGUUCAAUUCUCUGGACAGAAGUGUAUGGAUGGGCUCAAGGGCAUUGAAAAAAUGGUGAUGGAUUAUUUGCAUCAGCCUUCAUCAAUUGCGCAGGAAAAGGGAAUGCACAGGAAUGAGAUCGCUCAACAGCUUAAAGUUCCAUUGGAGAAGAUCUUGGAAGCAAUUGAGUCACUUGAAGCAGAAGGUCUGGUUUACUCAACCAUUGACGAGUGCCACUAUAAGUCUACUAGUGCUUGAAGCUCAAUAUGAGCAUAGAUAUUGGAUAGCCAAGUUUGUUAAGUAUGGAGUGGCAGAACUAGUGUAAUGUUUACUAGGUUAAUCCUAUUUAAGAGUAUUCCCCAUUUUAUGUUGAUGAGACAAGUGAGUUUGCUUUACUACAUAUAUGUUAAAGAAAGUUUAGAGUGAUAUCCAAUUUUAUCAGUAAAUAAAAUUUAUAUAUUUAGUAGUUA